AUCUGUUAUAUGGACUGUGGCCAGCCUUAAAUCUGGUUAUUGCUGUUUGGAACGUGCUGCUGAAAACCAGACUUAAAAAGGCUUUUCCUGUUAAUGCACAGCUUAUUCUGUCUCUUGUUUCACAGGGAAGAAAAGCUGAUUUAGUAAUUGAAAUGGAUGCAAUACUAAAUUACAGGUCAGAAGACACUGAAGAUUACUACAUGUUACUGGGAUGUGAUGAACUAUCUUCGGUUGAACAAAUCCUGGCGGAAUUUAAAGCCAGAGCCUUGGAAUGUCACCCUGACAAGCAUCCUGAAAACUCCAAAGCUGUGGAGACUUUUCAGAAACUGCAGAAGGCAAAGGAAAUUCUGACUAAUACAGAGAGUCGUGCCCGGUAUGACCAUUGGCGAAGGAGCCAGAUGUCAAUGCCAUUCCAGCAGUGGGAAGCUUUGAGUGAUUCGGUGAAAACAUCAAUGCACUGGGCUGUCAGAGGUAGAAAAGAUCUGAUGCUGGAAGAAUCUGACCAGGUUCAUACCAACCAGAUUGAAAAUGAGGAACGGAACAAGCAAAGAGAAAUAAAGAAAGAGCAGCUGGGUUCAACCACAGAGAAAAUGGAGCAAAAAGAAUCCAACUCCUUGGAGAAGUCAUUCUCCCCGCAAAAUCUGGAUUCUCCAAAAAGUUCUGCACCCAAUGUGAGGCUUGACUCCACAACCCUGAGGUCAAAAGUUGCAUGCUCUACUGACAGAGCCAGCCAGGCGCCUUGUUAUCAUGUGUUAAAACUUGAUAAUCAAUAACAGAAUUGUGGUCUCCUUCCCCCCCCCCACUCCUCAAUCCCUUUCCCCCAAUUAUUCAUCUCAGAGGCAUCAUUUAUUGCAUAUCUUUCCUUGGCUAUCUUGUGAGUUUACACAUGAAUGUAUUUCUCUUCUUUACAUAAAUGGUAGCUUACUAUUUACA